UAGCAUCCUGAAAUAGGAGAGUGGACUUUAUCACUUGGAAACUUGAUUUAAAAAGAAGAUAUACAAUAUUGUAAGGUAAUUAGCCUCCAACUAAUAAAAAAUAAAUGGAAAAAUAAAUAAAUAAAAAGAAGAUAUAAUUUAAAUUCUCAAGCAACUAUGAUUCAGACACCUGACAAGUGGAGAACCUAGACUCCAGGCCUAAAUAUAUUUAAAGGCCAUCAGAUUUUCUUUUCUCUCCUCUUGCUCCCUCUGUCCCACCCUUAGUCUCACAUAAUUUUAAGAAACAGAGUAUAAUGAAACCAAAACCUUUAAGGGAGGAACUUUGUGAAUAACUGCUAAAAAAUAAAAACAAUAAUGUUAUAUCAUGUGCCCCAAUCUAAUCGUCCUUUAUCCUUUUUCCAACAGGUAAAACACAAAGCACUUCUCUCUUGUAAACUUCCAUGUUUCAUGGGAAAUAAUGUUACUGAAUUUAUCCUCCUGGGUCUUUCCCAAAAUAAGGAAGUACAGCAACUAUGCUUCAUUUUAUUCCUACUCUUUUACAUAAUCCUCAUGACAGGAAAUUUUUUCAUUAUAAUGACUGUUCUAAGAAGCCCAAACCUCAGCUCUCCGAUGUACUUCUUCCUCAGCUUCCUAUCCUUUGUUGACAUCUGCUAUUCCUCUGUCACGGCUCCCAAGCUGAUUAUUGACUUUCAAGUCAAGGACACAAGAAUCUCUUUUGUUGGCUGUAUGCUCCAGCUCUUUUUCUCGCACCUGUUUGGCUGCACAGAAAUCUUUAUCCUCACAGUGAUGGCCUAUGACAGGUACGUGGCCAUCUGUAAGCCUCUGCACUAUUUGACCAUCAUGGACUGGAGAUUCUGCUCCCUCUUGCUGGUGUUCUGCUGGCUGGGAGGGUUUGUGCAUACUUUUGUCCAGACCAUGCUCACCAUACAACUGCCCUUCUGUGGCCCCAACCUGAUCGACCACUACUUCUGUGAUGUCCAACCUUUACUGAAGCUGGCUUGCACAGACACGUAUGUGGCGGGGCUUGUGGUGGUGGCCAACAGCGGCAUGAUUUCACUGAGCUCCUUCGUCAUUCUUGUUGGUUCUUACACUGUCAUCUUGCUUUCUUUCAAGACCUGCUCAUCAGAGGGGAGGCGCAAGGCUCUGUCCACAUGUACUUCCCAUAUCAUUGUGGUCAUCUUGUUUUUCGUCCCCUGCCUCUUCAUGUACCUGAGACCUCCCACCACUUUCCCUGAGGACAAGAUAGUGGCUGUAUUUUACACCAUCAUCACACCCAUGUUGAACCCUCUGGUCUACACCCUGAGAAACAUGGAGGUGAAAAAUGCCAUGAAGAGACUAUGGAUCAAGAGGCUGUUGGGGAGAAAUAGGAGAGACCCUGAUAGGAAGUUCAGUGUACUGGCACAGCCUCAGUUGUACCAGAUUCCAAAAAUGGUUGCUGAGAAUAGUCAGUAAUCAGCCCCUAAUCUCAUCACACGAAUAAGCAAUUUAAUAUUAAUCCAAUAUAAAGAGUCUUGGAUUUGAAGUCUAAAGGCCUAGUUUGGAGGACCUACCUUACUAGUCACUAGUGGUUUGACUUUAGCGAUACUCAAAUAUCUGA